UCAAACACAGAAGCGGAGAGCAGCUGAGUUGUCUUCUUUGCUCCCAUUUGAGUGUAUAAAAAACAUUGAAUGUUGAAGAAGUGAUCUGGCUGAUUUGUUAGAAAUGGGGCUUCUUAGCAUCAUACGGAAAAUCAAGAAAAAAGAGAAGGAAAUGCGAAUCCUUAUGGUGGGUCUUGAUAAUUCGGGGAAGACUACGAUUGUUUUAAAGAUUAAUGGAGAAGAUACUAGCGUUAUCAGUCCCACACUGGGCUUCAACAUCAAAACAAUCACUUAUCAAAAGUAUGUUCUAAAUAUAUGGGAUGUUGGAGGCCAAAGAACUAUAAGAUCAUAUUGGAGGAACUACUUUGAGCAAACCGAUGGUUUAGUGUGGGUGGUUGAUAGUUCGGAUCUUAGAAGGUUAGAUGAUUGCAAAAUGGAACUGGAUAAUCUUUUGAAGGAAGAGAGGUUAUCAGGGGCAUCUUUACUCAUAUUUGCUAACAAGCAGGACAUCAAAGGUGCUCUUACCCCAGCAGAAAUUGCUAAAGUGCUGAACUUGGAAGCUAUGGACAAAACUCGACACUGGAAAAUUGUGGGCUGUAGUGCAUACACAGGAGAGGGCUUGCUUGAGGGAUUUGAUUGGUUGGUUCAGGACAUUGCCUCCCGGAUCUACAUGCUUGACUAACUCAAGACAUUCUUUUAUACUGUAUCCAUAGUAGCUGAAUGGGAAUUUAAGGAUAUCUGGGAUGCAAAUAGCCCACCUUAUGCAGAUGUAUGGCUAUGUAAUAGACGGGCUCAUGAUCCGAAUGAUUUUCUAAGGUAAUUUGUUUUUUCUCUUGAUUA